AUGCCUCCAAUUCAGUCCAAGACUGAAGGUAGAGGUAAUGGUAUCAAAACUGCCAUUGUCAAUCUUGCUGAAGUUGCUCGUGCCUUAAAUAGACCACCCGCAUAUUUAGUCAAAUUCUUUGGGUAUGAAUUAGGUGCUCAAACUCAAAUUGGGGAAAGAUUUUUGGUUAAUGGUGCCCAUGACACUAAUGAAUUACAAGAUUCUCUUGAUGGAUUCAUUAAUAAAUUCGUCUUGUGUGGAUCUUGUAAGAAUCCAGAAACAGAAAUUGUCUUAAAGGGUAAAGAUUCUUUAGAAAGAGAUUGUAAAGCAUGUGGUAAAAUAACUCAUAUUGAACCAAAACAUAAAUUAUACGCAUAUAUCGUCAAGAACCCACCUGAAAAGAAGGGUAAGAAAUCAGCAACUGCUACUGCUAAUGUUGUCGGUGGUGGGAAAUCGAUUUCUGAUAUUGCUGCCGGCCAACAAACUCAAUCUCAAGAAGAUGUCAGUGGUCGUGGUGCUGAUGAAGUUGAUGAUGAUGAUGAUUUAUUAGCUAAGAAGAUUAAUGCCGAAGCUGCCCAAUUAGCUGAAGUUGUAGUUAAGGAUGAUGACUGGGCUGUUGACAUGUCCGAAGAAGCCGUUGCUGCAAGAGCAAGAGAAUUAGAAGGAUUGACUUUGACUGAAAAUAAGUUCAACGAUCUUGGUGAAUGGUUAUUAAGUGAAGCAGAAGAUUCGAAAGAAAAGUUGCCUUCUGAUGUUGAAAUUUAUAAGAAGAUUGUUGAAUUAGAUAUUGCUGAUAGACCGGAAACUGUCCAAGUUUUGGCCCAAGUCUUAUUCGAUGACGAUAUACUAGAACAAAUCGAACCUCAUAUUGGUUUAUUAGCUAAAUUAAUCAAUGGUGAUGAUGAAUUUGAAAUGGCUUUCUUGGGUGGAUUGGAAAGAUUCCUUGGUUUAGAAAAACCAGAUUUAAUUCCUCAACUUCCAAAAAUCUUACAUCAAUUCUAUGAUAAGGAUUUAAUAAGUGAACAAACUUUGAUUUCUUGGGGUACUAAAGUAUCAAAGAAAUACGUUCCAAAGGAUGUUUCUAAAAAGGUUAGAAAGGCUGCUAAGCCAUUUACUAAAUGGUUACAAGAAGCUGAAGAAGAAAGUGACGAAGAAUAA